AGCGGAAGUGCGCGGAGGAGUUUCGCUUCCGGUGCGCAUUCUACUUCCGGGCGGUGAAGGGGCGGCGCUGGGCGCGGCGCGGCUCCGCUCUCAGCGAGAAGCCCGCGGCGCGGCCCCGAGCGGCGUGCCAUGAGGCCGGAGCGCGUCCCCGGGACCCGCAGCACGCAGUCCUGAUCCCGCCCUGCUGACGAGCUGCCGGUACCCGAUAUGGCAACGGAGUCCACAAUCCCCAUUUGGCAGAACAAACCCCACGGCUCGGCGCGCAGCGUCGUCAGGAGGAUUGGAUCCAACCUGCCUUUAAAGCCCUGCCCCAGAGCGACCUUCGAGGUUCUACCUAAUGUUUCAGAGCUCUAUUUAAAUGAUGCCCCUCCUGUCCCCACCCUGGCAGACAUUGGGUGGAUAGCAGCAGAUGAUGAAGAAACGUAUGCCCGAGUCAGAAGUGACACUCGCCCUCUGAAACACAAAUGGAAACCGAGUCCCUUCACGGUCAUACAGCGAAAUGCUUCAGUCCCCAACCUGAGGAAGCAGGAAGAGAAGCUGCUGGCCUUGAAGAAGCCUGGUUUACCUGCACUGAGCCGAACGACGGAGCUCCAGGAUGAGCUGAGUCACCUUCGGAGUCAGAUAGCUAAAAUUGUCGCUGCGGGGCCAGCUUCUGCUUCCUUCACCCCUGAUGUAUUGUCUCCAGGAAGUUCAAAUGCAUCUUCUCCUUUGCAUUGUUUUGGACCCUCUUUCCAAUCCACGACAUCCUUUGUCAUCAGUGACAUCACAGAGGAGGAGGCAGAACUCGAGAGCCCCGAGCUUCCCUCAGUCUCCAUGCUCUGUUCUGCAUCUGAGUGCUACAAAGCAGAACCAAAGGAUCCUGAUGAGGAGGAUUCUGUGUCUCUUUCCAAGGCCAGCAGUUUUGCAGACAUGAUGGGCAUUCUAAAAGACAUUCAUAGGAUGAAGCAGAGCAAAGACUUAAACCGAAGUUCUGCGAAGGAGGAAGACCCUGCUGUUCUGAUAGCAGAAGUCUUGAGGAGAAAAUUUGCCCUAAAGGAGGAAGAUCUGACUCUGAAGGAGAAAUGAUGUCAUG